UACCUAUAUUGAUACCGUAUAUGCUUACGUUUAUACGGUUGUAAGUUAAGCAGAUCUGGCCAUGCUAAUGACUGUUGUGGAUAUUUUGUACAAAUUUGAGGAUGAAUCAAGUUAGUCUUCAGCAGAACGCAAUUACCUUUUGCGACGAGAGAAGAGGUUUGGUUUCGAUUUCUGAUUACAAGGGUCCUGUUGUUUGUCCGAAGCCUCGGCGAGUGGGAAUUUUGGCUAAUAAUCCCAUUAGGCCUUUGAGAUGGCCCGUGAGUCAUCAAGCCGAAAUGUGUGAUUCAAAAGCUGGGGCAGAGCUUCUGGACAUUAUUCUCAUGAAGGAGGGGCAUGGGGCAGAUUAUCCUGCAAACCAGGCAGCCUCAUCACCACCACCAUUUUUUUGUGGGUCACCUCCAACCAGGGUUGGCAACCCAUUAAUUCAAGAUGCCAGAUUUGGGGAUGAAAAAUUCACUCCAAUUUCUCCACUGUCAAUCCCAUCUCCUUCGGGUUUAUCAUCCCCAUCAUCUUCUGCGUGCAAGGGAGGAGGGUGUGUGAGAAUGAAGUUUGGGCUUAAGCCAGCUGAAGUUAGAGUAGAAGGAUUUGAUUGCCUCAACAGGGAUCGCCAAAAUUCCAGCAUCCCUGCCGUGGCUUAGAACUCACAAUAUUAAGUGUAUAUAAAAGGGAGCUAAAUCGCCGCCAGAGUCACAGAUACAGCAGAUUUAACAAGAGGAGUUUUGAAUCUUUUUGCCGGGAGUCUUGAGAGAAAUGCUCUUAGUAUUGUAUAUAUAAUAUAUCUUCGUUGGUGAUCAUUGCUAAUAUCUUGUAAGUAGUUGAUUGAACAAAGAAGAGAGGUCAAAACCUUGCUUGCGUUCUUAAGCAAGGUUUUUUGAGUAUAUGUUUUGAGAGCACAGGUCAUUGUAAUAUAUGGUAAGGUGGGUUAGUAUUGGGAGGGUCGUUGGAUUUUCAUCGGAUGAUCACCAUGAAAAAAAAAUCCUGUAUAGAGCCAAUUGGUGAUUGAAUUUUGAUCAUCUACCCUGUAAAUGUAUAUUGGAAUAUUGUUAAUGUAUUUGGUCUGUUCUUGUA